CUCCUCCCUGACAGUAUGGAGAAUAACCACAUCUUCCUAUACUUCGCCUAUGGCAGCAACCUACUGAAGGAGAGGCUUCAACUGAAGAACCCGUCUGCAACAAUCCACUGUGUGGCCAGGCUCAAGGAUUACAAAUUGGUGUUUGGGAAUCACAGGGGCCUGGCCAGUGACAGGUGGCAUGGGGGUGUGGCAACCAUCGAGCCCAGCCCAGGUGAUGAGGUGUGGGGCGUGGUGUGGAGGAUGAACAUGUCUGAUCUGGAGUCUCUAGACAGUCAGGAGAAUGUAAGAAUAGGAGCCUACAGUCCUCUGGAAGUGUCCGUGAAAAUGCGAGGUCAGGAGCUCAGCUGUCGCACAUACAUCAUGAACAGCUGUGUGUAUGCCCCACCAUCUCCACAGUACCUGAAGGUGAUUGUGAUGGGGGCAGAGCAGAAUGGCUUACCAAAACACUACCAGGACAAACUGAGAGCUAUCAAGACCAACAAGUAUGGAGGCCCUCUGCCAGUGAUGGCUGAGUUGGAACAGGCCAUGAAAAGAGCAAAGGAGCGAGCCAACCACCAUUCUGAUGUCUGA